CGACGACGGGGACUGGACGAUCCCGUUCUUCCCGUAAAUUCAGAAAAAGCGGAUUCCGAUUUCCCGCAAAAAAGAAGUUCCCCACGAAACCCUUUUGCCUUCUUCUUCGUCCUCCGUAGUAAGAAUAUUCUGCGCCAGCGGCUGUUAUGGACGCAGCUGCGUGAUUCCAUUGGGAGCAAUAGGAAUUCGAGCUGGAGUCCGCUCAGCGAUUCGACAGCUUUGGUGGGUUGGUUCUACUAUAUAUACAUGGAGUCGGAUACGUUGGUGGAGGAGAAAACCACGCUGUGAUCGCCAUUUCUCAUCCAGCGUUGGAUUUCGGAUAGUUUCCUUGUUGGAGGAUUUUGAGGACCCAACAGAGUUUGAAUUAAGAUAUGGGGAACCAGACGGCUGGACACGAUGGAAAUAACCAAGAAGCUGAUAUUGGGGCAGUGAUUCGUAAUGGAAAGGAAGUUCUUUUCCAGGCUUUUAAUUGGGAGUCUCACAAGCAUGACUGGUGGAGAAAUCUGGAGAAGAAAGUGCCUGAUAUGGCGAAAUCCGGGUUCACUUCAGCUUGGUUGCCACCACCUUCUAAUUCUUUCGCAUCUGAAGGUUACCUUCCACAGAAUCUUUACUCACUCAACUCAGCAUAUGGUUCUGAGCACCUAUUGAAAGCUCUGCUUCACAAGAUGAAGCAGCAUAGAGUGAGAGCAAUGGCUGAUAUUGUUAUCAAUCACCGAGUCGGGACAACCAGAGGGCACGGUGGGAUGUACAACCGCUAUGAUGGAAUUCCAUUAUCAUGGGAUGAGCGUGCUGUUACCAGUUGUACUGGUGGAUUGGGAAAUCAAAGCACUGGUGACAACUUCCAUGGUGUUCCAAACAUAGACCACUCACAGCACUUUGUGCGCAAAGACAUUACAGCUUGGCUGCAAUGGCUGCGUUACACCAUUGGAUUUGAAGAUUUUCGUUUUGAUUUUGCAAGAGGCUAUUCGGCUAAGUACGUGAAAGAGUACAUUGAAGGAGCCAAGCCAAAAUUUGCUGUUGGAGAGUAUUGGGAUUCUUGCAACUACAAUGGCAGUUACUUGGAGUACAAUCAAGAUAACCAUAGACAAAGGAUAAUCAAUUGGAUUGAUGGCACAGGACAGCUCUCAGCUGCAUUUGACUUCACUACUAAAGGAAUCCUUCAGGAAGCAGUUAAGGGUCAACUAUGGCGUCUUCGCGACUCUCAAGGGAAGGCUCCAGGUGUAAUAGGAUGGUGGCCAUCGAGGGCCGUCACAUUUCUUGAUAACCAUGAUACAGGAUCAACCCAGGCUCAUUGGCCUUUCCCUUCACAUCAUAUCAUGGAGGGCUAUGCAUAUAUUCUCACACAUCCAGGGAUACCAACUGUCUUUUACGAUCACUUUUAUGACUGGGGUGACUCUAUUCAUGACCAGAUUGUGAAACUGGUCGAUGUUAGGAAGCGUCAGGGCAUCCACAGCCGAACCCCCAUCAGGAUUCUGGAGGCACAGCCAAAUUUAUACUCUGCAAUGGUAGGAGAGAAGGUGUGCAUGAAAAUGGGAGAUGGUUCUUGGUGCCCUGCUGGAAAAGAAUGGAGCCUUGCAGCAACUGGGCAUAGAUAUGCCGUGUGGCAAAAGUGAUGGAAUGGAUGCCCAUGUUUUUAAGUACUACUAGCAUAAUCCCGCUCGCUAUCGCUUUGCGUGUGCGAGAACUUAAUAUUUUAAAGAUUAAUAGUUUAAAUUUUGACAAAAAAGUAAGGGCUUGUCAUCUACAACUCCAUGUAGUCGACGGCUCGACGCAGCCAUGAACUUUAAUAAGGGAAAAAGGUUGUCAAACAAAUGAUUUUUAUGUUUAAUCUUCUCGCAUAACACUAUUUAUUAGAUAGUUUGUAUUGUUUUUGCUUUGUUUUUUUAAGUUGAUCUUGAUUCUCCUUUUUAUGAAUUUUUGGGACUUAUUGCAAGUUUGAGUAGGUUUAACUCACUUUGGCCAGAUUGAAUUAGGAUGAAUACCCAUGAAUUUGGGUUCAAUUUCAUUCUCAAUGAAUUCAGUCAUUGGAAG